AUGGAUUAUGAAUCGGAGGACGAGUCCUGUUUUCGUAAUGUGUUCCGUUCGUUUGUGUGCGUUGCGCUCACACUGCUUUUGGGGCUUCACGUGUACGCUUAUCUUUGGGGCACGCAGGACUCAAUAGAAGGGGACUUUGGAGAUAUCAAAUACGUCGUUAUGCAACUUACACAUAGUCUUUCUGAGAUGAACCGUGAGCACGAGCGCAUCCGCAGCGAACUGGAGCGAAUGUCGUCUGCAUUGCCGGCGGCAGCAGCAGCUUCGGGGCGAGUUAAGGAUGCCCUCGAGACCUCGCGUCACAACCCACGUCAAGCGUUAGAUACACGGGACUAUGACCGACAGAUAGCAGAUUAUGCACUCGAGUCUGCUGGUGCCCGAAUUUUGGACACUGGCGAUACCCAGGAAUACGUGAUCCAUGAUUCGUCAGUGGGCUGGGUACUCCAUAUUGUGAGUGCUUUGCUGUGUCGUGAAUGUCCCGGGGCCUCUGCAAUUCUUCGCCCUGGAGCACUACCUGGUGAAUGUUGGGCUUUUAAAGGCUCCCGCGGAGAAGCGACCAUACGACUAUUGGGAACGGUUCACAUUACUGGCGUCAGUGUUGAGCAUAUUCCGCCACAUAUUUCAUCAACGAAAGAAAUCUCAUCGGCACCACGUCGAUUUCAACUGGAGGGUUUGGAAAGCCGUUCUGACCUCUACCCACAUGACUUCGGAACCUUUGAAUAUGACAAAGAAGGCAAGCCUAUACAAUAUUUUGAAGUAAAGCAUCCGGCAACCACAGGCUUCAAUAUCGUGAGAUUUAAAGUAUAUUCCAACUGGGGACAUCCUUUUUACACUUGCGUGUAUAGAGUUAGGAUACACGGGGAAUUAGCACCAGGGCAAUUACCGCAAAAGUUGGUCACCGAUGAAGAUAAGACGCCUUUACACUAA